UAUCUGCUGCUGUUUGCUUCUUCUUAUCAGAUGGAUGCUUAAAAAAAAAAAAAAAGUAAAAAGCAAUCUCUUCACGGCAGGAAGUUGAACAUGUUCCACUGGUUUGUGACACUUUAGUGCUGAGCUGCGAUGACCCUUUGGGGUUGCUUCAUCACUCUUCUCCUCAACAUAAGUGGCGUGCUCUUCGGGAGCUGCCAGGUGUUUGACAGCAGCCAGGGCCACCUGAGCAUGGAACCGCCCUCGCCCUUUUUGCUGGGCUCAGACCUCGUGGUGUACUGCCACAUCACGGCCUGUGAAUGGCGUUCCAAGGUAUCUUUGCUGUUGGACAAUGAGUCCGUGGCUCUGUGGAAGAGGGACGAGUGCAGCCCGGCCGUGUUCAGGCUGACCAACGUCCAGCGGGCCAGCUCCAUCCUGCUCUGCAAGCUGCGCAAGGACGGACUGACUUACAUCGUCGGAGGGCUGGACCUGGAGGGGGGCCGUCCCCCGGAUAAGCCGGAGAACAUCACCUGCGCGACCACCUUGCGCGCCCACUGGGUGGAGUGCUGGUGGCGGCUUGGGCGCGACACCCACGUGCCCACUUCCUACAACGUGUCACUCAGCAGUGGGAACAGCACUUUGUACUGGACCUCGGAGGGGGACAAGCUGGUCUUACGUGGAGCCAUGCUGGAUGUGAACGAGCGGUACCAGCUGGUGGUCAGCGCUCACAACCGAUUUGGACGCUCGCAGUCGGAUCCCUUUUCGCUGGAGCACAAAGACAUACUCAUACCCGAAACCCCUCGCAUCACUCAUGUCGACUUCGGGAAGUCUUCCACGCUAGCGGCCGUGUUGCGGUGGGAGACCCCCGACGACUCGUCACAACUCACCGCUACCGUCAGACUCCAGCCAGACAACUCCUCCUCCUGGGAUGCAAGAGAGGCGACACGGCUCGGCCAAGAUGAGGUACGAGUGGACGGCCUGGAGCCCCUGGUAGACUACCACCUCCAGAUCAGGAUGUGUACGACGGGAGUCAGAAAAUGCAGCAAAUGGAGUCCAGCGGUGAUGAGGAGAAGUCCUGGAAAAGGACCGUCUCAGCCCCUGCAUGUGUGGCGGAUAUUGAGCAAUCACAAGACCAGCUCACCUCAGAAUGUCACUGUUUUGUGGAAGGCUCCUCAUCCAGAGUCGUACAGCGGCCAGGCGGAGGGCUACAAGUUGGUCCUGGGCCGGGGACCGACAGCAUGGGAAGUGACGUGCGCUGCGUCCCUGAGCCAGUUUUCCCUUCUGGUGCCGGCCGAUCUUCCGCCGCUUUGCGUCAGCGUGGUCACCUCGUACGGAAUGUCGCCGCAAGCCUGUGUGCCCCUCGCACUCUCAGGUGACCCCGGGCCUGCUGUCCGGCUAGCUGUUCCUGCAGCUAACGGCAGCGCUUUGCUGGUCUCCUGGGAGUGGACCAAACCUCGAGCACCAGGAAGUGAAGAGUUGCACUACGUGCUGGAUUGGAUCAGUGUACCUGUGGGGAAACGCGAGCUCGGCUGGAUAAAAGUGCCCGUAGAUCAAAACAACGCAAGCAUCACAGGCUUGUCAGUGGGAGUGAGGUACAACAUCUCUGUGUACUCCGUGAGCGGAAGAGGAGUCAGCAUGCUAUCUUCCAUCUUGGCCUACUCUGGACAGCUGAAACCAGCCGCCGGUCCAAGCGUGUCGGUGCUGGUCCACAGGGCCACGCGCCUCCUGGUCCAGUGGGAGGACCCCGCGGUGGAGCAGCAGAGGGGCUUCAUCACCAACUACACCAUCUAUCUGAGGACCCUCCACGUGCACAGCCAAGAAAUGCCAACGGUGGUCGGCGCGUGGGGUCGCAGGCAGGCGUGGCUGGAGUUUCCCGAGGGCGCCGUGGCCAUCCAGAUGUCUGCCUCCACCUCCGCCGGAGAGGGCCGGCGCGGGAACCUGAUCUCCUCUCAGCCCAAGGAGCCUGCAGCUGGACUGGUCGUGCUGGUGCUCCCCGUGAUUGCCGUGGUGGCCUUUACGGUCCUGGUGGCUUGCUGGAGCUGUAUAAAGAGAAGGAUCAAACAGAAAUGUGCGUCGUGGGGUCCUGACUGGUGGGUGAAGAAGCUCCCGAAACCAGGAAAUAGCCAAGCCAUCAAACUUCUGAAGCUGGACGCCUGGAGCGAGCCGUCCUUCCCGGACACUGACAGCGACCCGCCACUGUCCCCCAUCAGUUUUGUCUCCGGAGAAGACUCGCAACCACCCGUCCCCUCCAUGCAGCAUCCUACCAAGCCGAGGCCCGUUUUCCUGGUGGCUGUUGUCACGGAGACACCGGACCACGGCUACAAACCUCAGCUGACUGCGGUACCGCGAGUAGAACAGCCGGACCAGGACCAGCCGGACCAGGACCAGACAGACCUGACGGAGGAGAACAGGUUUGGACCCCGCAAAUUGCUGUCCAGCGUGGAAUUGGACUCAUCCACCUGGCUCAACACCCCGGAAUUAGACCCGGACAGAAGCAACUGGGGGGACCCCGAAGACCACCCCCCCGCGGUGGAUUUACAAAAAGGUCAAACUGUGGUGGAGGUCUCGCUGACUAGGGCCUACAUCCCACAAAUCUGCAAUCCCAGCAGCGGACAGGAAGCAGAAUAACCAACACAAAUGAUGUUCAUUCAUCCUGUUUGCAAAUUUAAUAGGAAACCUUACAAGAGGUAAGCACAACCCCCACAAGAGAAGCCAAUGGGCUCUCAUUUUGUCGACUGUGCAAUGUGCGCGGGCGUGCAAAUGGUGGCGUAUAUUGAUUUUCGUGCAAGCGCAAGGCUCGCUGGUGUGUUUGCCAAUUUGGCAGACCGGUCUGCUCCAAGACGGGCGUACCGACGCAAUGAAGGUGUGCUCUUCGACAUUGGCCCGGCGCAUGUGACAAUUUGGCGACUGAAAGUCAGUCUAAACAUCCCACGAACUGGCUAGCAAGCGGCUAUGGGAAUCGGGGGGUUGGAAACAAAUGAUCAUUUGAGGGAAUAUAGAUCAAUGAGGUCGGCGGACACGUUCAAGUCGCUGGCGGUUUUUUACCAGCUCAAUCUGUAUUUAAUAAGGGUACCUGCUAACGUUUAACGUUCAAGCCUGUAAGGCUGUAUUUUUAUUCUUGUAUAAAAUCCUACUCAAUUCUUGUAAGCACUAAAUACUUUGAAUUAUUUUAUAAUUUUUUUCUGCAGUAUUGUAAUAGAUUUUUACGAGGACAGACUCCAUUUUGUACCGUGAUUUAAACCUCCAGCAGCAUAACAAAAUGCCCAAUGAUUAUGGGACUGCCUUAAAGCACACGAGCAAAAACAACUAGCAUAGCAAUUAGAUCAUGUGUACAAGCAGCAGGGAGGGUUAGCGUAGCAUCUUUAUUUUGCAUGUGAUGUGAGCGAGUAAAAACACACCACAAUUCA